GGUAGAGAUUUUAAACUGGGUAUGUUGUCUGCAAAAUUGAAGUGUUUGUGGAACGCUAAGAAUGAGCAUGAUGGGUUCCAAUUCCAAAGCAGCAGGUUCUCACUCUCACUGCUCUUCAGCUUCCAUUGAUAUAUGGUCUGAAAUCCUUGCCACUGAAACCCUAAGCCCUCACCAACACCAACAAAUCAAUGUCGUUUAUCGCAAAAGAAACCCUCCCCGCAACAACUCAAAGCAUUCUGAUCCCGCAUGGCCGCCGCCAAGCCGGGUGAGUCUGGCUGAUCCCAACAAACGAGUUAGUUGGAACCGUUCCCUCUCCACCAGGGGAAGGACGAGUAUUGCAGUUGGUGCUUGCAUGGUUUAUCAGCCUCAGUUGAAGCGUUCCCCAAAGGGAAAACAUGUGAAACCUCUGAAUUUUGAAAAGGAGAAACAGUACUUUCAAGAGGUUGAUGCUUUUGAGUUAUUAGAAGAGAGUCCCUCUCCAAAGAAGGUUGGCACAUGGACCAUACCUGAAGAGGCUCCAUUACCUGCUGUGUGCGCCAGGUUAGAGAGAUGGUUGCACUCCAGAAGGUUAAAGCCAAGCUGCGGCCCCUCCAGCACACUCUCUAAGAUAAUGGAUACUCCGGCCACUGGUUCUCAAAUCACCCAUGAUGUUGGCAUCAAUUCUGCGAUCUUGGAAACAUUGGAAAGAACGGUGGCGAAGAAUUCACAUCUGGAUACCAUUCAAGCUGGUGGCAAAAGAGGUUUGCUUGAUGGGAUUCCUCUUGAGGGGACCCUCGAUUUGCAAAUUGAUCAUAAUAUGAUGAUAGAUGAGAGUGAUGGAGGAUGCGAAGACAUUGAUCUUGCUGUUAAGAAACUCUCUCUGACUUCAACUUCAUCUUCAUUAGAUGACGGCCAUAUCAGUCCAUUUUCUGCUUUAUUGUCAAUUUGCGGACAGUCUGCACCUUCCUUGUUGGGCGAUGUGUUAUCUUGUUACUCAGAAACUAUCGUAAAAAUUGGCGAAGGAACAUAUGGAGAGGCUUUUAAGGUUGGCGGUUAUGUCUGCAAAAUAGUUCCUUUUGAUGGGGACUUCAGGGUAAAUGGGGAAAUCCAAAAGAGAUCCGAAGAACUGCUUGAGGAAGUGCUUCUCUGCAAAACUCUCAAUCAAUUGAGAGGAAAUGAAGGUGACUCUGAUAAUUUAUGCAGGACAUUCAUUCAAUCACUAGAAUUUAAAGUAUGCCAAGGUCCUUAUGACGCGACACUAAUUCAAGCAUGGGAAGCUUGGGAUGAGAAACGUGGUUCAGAGAAUGAUCAUCCAAAAGAUUUCCCAGAGAAACAGUGUUACGUGGUCUUUGUUCAAGAACAUGGUGGCAAGGAUCUUGAAAGUUUUGUACUUCUUAAUUAUGAGGAGGCAAGGACUUUACUGGUUCAGGCUAUAGCUGGGCUUGCUGUGGCCGAGUCUGCAUAUGAGUUUGAACAUCGAGAUCUUCACUGGGGAAAUAUACUUGUUAGCCGAAGUGAUUCUGUAACGUUGCAGUUCACUCUUGAUGGCAAGGAUAUGUUUGUUAAAACUUUUGGGUUGUUGAUAUCAAUUAUUGACUUUACUCUGUCAAGAAUAAACACAGGUGAUCGAAUACUGUAUUUAGACCUUUCCUCAGAUCCUGACCUGUUUAAAGGUCCAAAAGGAGACAAGCAGUCAGAAACGUAUCGGAGGAUGAGGGAGGUAACAGAAGAUUGUUGGGAAGGAAGUUUCCCUAGAACGAAUGUGUUGUGGGUGCUCUACUUAGUGGACAUACUCCUCCUGAAGAAAUCAUUUGAACGUACUCCAAGGGAUGAAAGAGAGCUACGCUCCUUGAAGAAACGUCUAGAAAGGUAUAACUCAGCCAAGGAAGCUAUUCUUGAUCCCUUUUUCAAUGACUUGUUCGUUGAACAAUGCAACAAGUGAAGUAUAUAUAUAGCAGAUGGAAAAAGAGGUAAUGCUCGCUCGCAUUGAGAAUUUUGCUUUUGCGAAGUGAAACUAUAAUUAAUUAUGUAGAUUGGUAUCUGAUAUAACGAACUAGUAUUGCAUAUGGAAAAUCACUAAACUUGAACGUUGAAGGCCACCCACCUUUUAGUGAGUGAUAUUCCUUUCACUGCA